UUGUAGAACAGCUGCCAGAAACCGGUGUGCUUUAACUUCCGGUGGAGAGGAUGUAAACAGAAGGACGUUCUGUCUCCGGAGACAGUGGUUGAAAGCAUGACCAAACUGGAGCACCUGAACGUGUUUCUGAACGACAGGCUCACGGCGGCGGCGGCAGAGAUUUUUCGCGCUGUUAAAGACACGGUGGUAGAGUACCAGAGCGAAAUCCUACGCUCCAAAGAGGAGAACGAGCGGCUCAAACGGCUCCUGAAUGUGGCCGUCCAGAGGCUCCUGCUGCAGUCAGAGCCUCACUCUGUCCAGGCCCAAGAAGAAAGCCAGCUCCGUGAGUCUGAAUCUGGAAAGAGUGCCAGGCUGCUGUCGCAAGUUAAAGAUGAACAAAGAAACAUUCAAACUGAUUGUUUACAACAAGUAAGCAACUCUGAAGAUGGAAACUGCAGCAAUGUUGAGCUGCUGAGGUUUCAUCCUCCACCAGCCCAAACUGUCUCCCUGCCUCCACUUAUAUGCCCAGAAGUUAAGACAAAAACUGACAGGAAAGACAACAGGAAACAGCUGCCAUCCAACAGCUUGUCAUCAUCCAUGACAAUUUAUUCAACCCAGAACGAUUCUUGUGCCACCACAGCAAAGACUCACAUGACACUGAGAAAUGACCAGCAGGUGAAGGGGCUGCUUCGCUCAAAUGGAAAGCAAAGUGUGCGUAUACUGCAGAUUAAAAAUGCGAGAUCCCUGAAGCCACCUCCAUCUCACCCCGAUCACCCGAGUCAGAGUAUCCAGAGGUGGCACAGCUGUAAUGAGUGUGGCAAGGGCUUCAACUUUGCCUGUCAAUUGGAGGUCCACAUGCGCUGGCACACCAAAGAGAAACCAUACAGCUGUUCAGUGUGCCGGAAGAGCUUCACCACAGUAAGCAUGCUGAAGAGGCACCACCGUAUCCACACUGGUGAGAAGCCCUUCCGGUGCCACGUCUGUGGGAAAUGCUUCAACCAAUCAGCUCACCUAAACACUCACUUCAGGCUCCACACCAGAGAGAGAGCCAGCUGGAACCGAGCAUCGCAGUACAAGUGAGGAAAUUGUCAGAGCAGGAAUGUGUUUCAUCUGUAAAUUCUGAGAACUGUUUAUCUUCAAUAGUGUACAGUGGUGGUGUUUGGUAGUGUCUCAUUGUGCAAUAAAGAAUGAUCCAUGAAAAUUGAUGAUCCAUUGAUUUGUGGCGGUAAUUUAUAGCACAAUUUUGUACAACAGCUUUCCUGCUAGAUGUGCAGAUGUGAUGAAUUUAGUUGUAGUUACUUCUGGGCAGAAACCCAUCAAGGCAGAGAAGAUUAGAGAGGUUGGAGGUUAUUUGGAAUGAUUAAUUAUCCACUACAUUGUUGUUGUUCCACUGUUAGCCAUGGAGCAUGCCGCAUGGUCAUAACCACAAUUCUGUUUUAUUCUGCUAUGUGGUAGAAUUAAAGAACAGUGUUAUCUUUGAUUUCACAUGCACACAUGCACCAUCCAUCCACUUUCUUCCGCUUAUCAGCAGCCCCAAUCUGCCUGUUAAUCUCCCGCUCACUUCUCCUGUCACUCGUGAACAACCGAGAUACAGUACCAGUCAUGAGUACCAGUCAACACACUUAAGGUUUUUUACUGGUACUGUACUUAAACUCCUCCACCCGGGGGCAACAACUCAUCCCUGAGACAGAGUGGGCACUCCACCCUUUUCUGGCUGAGGACCUUGGCCUCAGAAUUAGAGGUGCUGAUUCUCAUGCCAACUGCUUCAUACUCAGCUGUGAAUUGUUCAGAUGUGAGCUGGAGGCCACCACCUGAUGAAGCCAACAGGAAUGCAUCAUCUGCAAAAAGCAUAGAUGAGAUUUUGAGGCCAUCGAGGCGGGAGCCUUCUGCCACUUGGCUACGCCUAGAAAUUCUGUCCAUAAAAAUUAUGAACAGAAUCUGUGACAAAGGGCAGCCCUGGCAAAGUCCAACACCCACAGGAAACGAGUCCGACUUAUUUCCGAAAAUAUGGACCAAGCUCUUGCUGGGUUUGUACAGGAACUGAAUGGCCGGCAACAACGGGCCAGACUCCCCCAUACUUCUGCAGUACCUAAAAGGUACCCUGAGGGACGCGGUCAAAUGCCUUCUCCAAGUUCACAAAACACACGUAGGCUGAAUGGGCAAACUCGGAUAUCCUCGAGCGGAUAAAGAGCUGGUCCAGCAUUCUGCAACUAGGACAAGAACCGCAUUGUUCAUCUUGAAUCUGAGGUUCGACUAACGGACGGACCCUUCUUUCCAGCACCUUGGCAUAGACCUUAGCGGGGAGGCUGAGGAGUGUG